AUGGCUCAUGGCGGCGUGACUGAUGAUGGAGAGGGCCCUUUCACUCCGGCCCGGCGCAAGCGACACCCUCCACUCUGCUGGUCCAAGCCGUCCCGCACGCCAGCAGAGUCCGAGAGACGGCCAGCGGGCAGGGUCUGGCUGCGCUACGUGCCCAGUGCGUCUGCGAAUAGCGUUCCCGCCCGCUCCUCACCUGAGGCGUGCUCUCGUGCCAUACCUACUUCAUCUCUCAUCCCGAUCCAGAUCCUCCCAAAGCUCGGACAAACCCUAUCGCCUGGUUGA